UAAUCCAGAUUUUCAGAACAUACGACACGUUUGAAGUCACUUGAAAAACAAAAUCGAGAGCGAAAUUCCACCAAAGUGAUAAAGAAGGGUUUUUUGUUGGAUAUUCUUAGUCACAAUCGGCAUAUCCUCCAAAAUUGAAGCAAUUAUCGAACUCACGUUAUCUACAGCUGAGAAUCAGCGAACUUGUUGCAGAUAAUCAAUGGCGAAAUUAUCAAACAGAUGGGCUUCGAUCACCGUUCUCCUUCUUCUCUGGCGAAAUAUCGUCAUUGCCCGGCCAUAUGACAGGGCAGACAGGCAGUAUGAUGGCCUCACGUUACGCAAAACGCCAAGUGAUAAUUAUCUUCGAGUAGCAGGUGGGGCCGGCGAGGGUUCAUCGUUCAAGGUGGCUCUAUUCGCCGAUCUGCAUUUCGGAGAGAAUGCUUGGACUGAUUGGGGUCCACGACAAGAUAUGAACUCCAUCAAAGUCAUGUCCACCAUUCUCGAUUCAGAAAAUCCAGAUUUUGUAGUUUAUCUUGGAGAUGUGAUCACAGCAAACAAUUUACCGAUUCAUAAUGCUAGCUUCUACUGGAAUCAAGCAAUCUCUCCAACUCGAGAAAGGAACAUACCAUGGGCUAGUUUAUUUGGUAACCAUGACGAUGCACCAUUUGAGUGGCCUAUCGACUGGUUUUCAUCUUCCAGGAUUCCUCAAAUUCAAUGUCCUUCCAAUUGUUCCGAGGGAGAUGAGUGUAGCUUCAAAGGAACAUCGCGUUUGGAGCUGAUGAGAAACGAGAUAGAGCAUAAUUCAUUGUCAUACACUGGAUUUGGUCCUCAAAAUCUAUGGCCAAGUGUAUCAAAUUACGUUCUUCCUCUUCUAUCCCCAAAAACAGAUCACAAAUCGCCGCUAAUGUUCAUGUAUUUCUUGGAUUCCGGUGGUGGAUCAUACCCAGAAGUCAUAUCAAACAUCCAAUCCGAAUGGUUCCGCAACAAAUCUCACGAAGUAAACCCUGAUUCAAGCAUCCCGGAGAUAGUUUUCUGGCAUAUACCGAGUAAAGCUUAUGAGAAGGUGGCUAAGAAAGUUGCAGGUAGACGAAGACGAACUCAAUGCGUGGGUUCGAUGUUCAAGGAGAAAGUUGCAGCUCAAGAAGCUGAAAUGGGAAUGAUGAAGCUUCUUACAGAAAGACCUUCAGUUAAAGCGGUGUUCGUGGGUCAUAACCAUGGGCUUGAUUGGUGCUGUCCGUAUGAGAAGAUGUGGUUGUGCUAUGCGAGGCAUACUGGCUACGGUGGUUAUGGAAGCUGGGAUCGAGGUGCUAGAAUCUUGGAGGUUUCCGGCGAGCCCUUCACCCUGAAAUCGUGGAUUAGAAUGGAAAAUGGGACAUUGCAUAGUGAGGUGGUUUUAUCGAGAGUGGACACUACUUCACAAUCGACGUGA